AUGGCCGAAAAGGCUCAAAGUGAGGCAGACACUGAUGACUCGGAUGUGUUCUCUCACCCCAGCUCACCAACCACACACCACAGGCCAGGCCAUGGUGGAGUCCACCACCAUCACCAAAGGGUGUCCCGUCCCCAUGGUGAGGCCCACCAUCACGGCAUAUCCCCUCAUCGUGGUGGAUCUCAAGACUUCCAUGACAAUGCCUUCUCCCGCCAUUGCCACCGCUCUGAGCCUUACUACCAUAGAGACUUCUCCCACUCUGGUAGCCCUGCCCAGCACAGUGAGGCCCAGCACCAUGGCGGGCACCAUCACCAUGAAGCCCGUCACAACAGAAGGCCUGCCUCCAUGGGGUCCUACCACCACGACGAACACCUCCACGGCCACCGUGACGAGCGCCACCACAGAGAGCGCCAGCGCGGCGCACGUCCUCGCGAUGAUCUCCACCGAGAUCACCGCUAUGGGGAGUACCGUCGUGGUAGCUCCGAGCUCUUUGGCCCAUACACGUCCCACAGUGUGGCCUCAGCCUCCCUCGGCUCUGCCUAUUCUCGUCAAGUAGCCCCCCAACCUAGCAAGCCAGACAGACAGAGCUCGGCCUUCAGCUUGGCUCGUUCCCUGAACACAGUGCGCUCACACCCUGCCCAGACCUCCAGCAAAGUCCAUCCUCAGGGCUCCUCCUCUAAAACCUCGGAAAGCUGGCCCGAAGAAGACGAGCAGAUUCAGAAGCACAAAACUGGCCGGGCCCCACGAACCCACAAGAAGCUGCACGCUGUGGACCUCUUCUAUUCGCUGUGGGAAAAAUUAAGCCACCUCAUUUGGGGCCUUUCGAGAAUGCUCAGGAAACUGACUGACUCCCUGGCCUUUGAAGCCUUCAUCGUCUUCAUCGUCUGCCUCAACACCAUCAUGCUCGUGGCCCAGACCUUCGCUGAAGUCGAGGUCCGGGGCGAGUGGUACUUCAUGGCCUUGGACUCCAUCUUCCUCUGCAUCUACGUGGUGGAAGCUGUGCUCAAAAUCAUUGCUCUGGGCCUCAAGUAUUUUUUGGACCCCUGGAACAACCUGGAUUUCUUCAUCAUGGUCAUGGCUGUGCUGGAAUUCAUGCUCCUGCAGGCCAACUCUUCCUCCAUGCGCGUGGUCUACAACCAAAGCAUCUUCCGCAUCUUCAAGGUCUUCAAGAGCCUGCGAGCCUUGCGAGCUAUCCGGGUCCUGCGGAGGCUCAGCUUCCUGACCAGCCUCCAGGAAGUGACCGGGACCCUGGCCCGGUCCUUGCCAUCCAUCGCCGCCAUCCUCAUCCUCAUGUUCACUUGUCUCUUCCUGUUCUCUGUGGUGCUCCGGGCACUGUUCCGCUACUCUGACCCCAAGCGCUUCCAGAACAUCUUCACCACCAUCUUCACCCUCUUCACCUUGCUCACCCUGGACGACUGGUCCCUCAUCUACCUGGACAGCCGAGCCCAGGGCGCCUGGUACAUCAUCCCCAUUCUCAUGAUAUAUAUCAUCAUCCAGUACUUCAUCUUCCUCAACCUGGUGAUUGCCGUCCUGGUGGAUAACUUCCAGAUGGCCCUGCUCAAAGGCCUGGAGAAAGUGAAGCAGGAGGCCUCCCAGAUCCAUGAGAAGCUACUGGAUGACUCACUGACAGAGCUCAUCGAAGCAGAGCCUAAAGAGGUGAUAAGUGAACACACUAUACAGAAGCAGCUCCUUGAGAAAAAAUUUGGAGGCAUGACUGAGAAGCAGCAGGAGCUCCUGUUCCACUUCCUGCAGCUGGUGUCCGGGGUGGAGCGUUACCAGCAGAAAUUCCGCUCGCAGGCAGCUGUCAUCGAUGAGAUUGUGGACACCGCGUUUGAGGCUGGAGAAGAGGACUUCAGGAAGUGAUCCCCAGAGAGGCAGCCCGAGUCCAGACGUCAGCCUCUGGCAGGCUCCCCCCCGGGUCGGGCCAAGUCCCCAUCUCUGCUGGAAGGAUCACUGGGCCUGCAGGGCUGGGCCCCAACAGAGUUUUA